UCCUCCCAGGGCCCUACUGGUGUACGUGUGUGGAGAGGGGUACCUGACAAUGGUCAAUCUACGCCUUGCAACCCGAGGGCCCAAAGAGAAGAUAUGCUGCCUUGCGUGCCGGAGACGCCGGACGCCGACAACAAGCGUCCUCUACUUAACGGCUCGCGCCCUCCCCGGAAGUUUGUUGCUGCUAAGUGUUUGGUUGGUUCCGACGCCUGCGUGCGCCCCAGCGUAAGCGCUGAUUGGAGGAGCGGAGAUGACAGAUUGCACUCUCUACCACUCAGCGGCGGGGGGCUUGUUGGUUCCUGUCGAGGCGUCGAUGACCUUACGUGAGCCUUAGGCUUUUCCCUAAGUAAACAUGGCUGCGCCCAGCGAACCUCUGGGACCCCAGUGAGGAAAAAGGCCUGGUCUGCCCGAGGCUUUGUUUGCGAUUCCCUCAACGAUGGCGCUUCGGUCGCGAUUCUGGGCGUUGUUGUCGAUUUGCAGGAACCCGGGGUGUCGGGCGGCAGCGCUCUCAACCAGUUGCAAGCCAGCGACGAACCCUGGAACGGACCCUGUGGAAAAUGAAGCUGUUGCCCCAGAGUUCACCAACCGGAACCCCCGGAAUUUGGAGCUCUUAGCAGUAGCCAGAAAAGAGCGGGGUUGGGGGACAGUGUGGCCGUCCCGUGAGUUCUGGCACAGGCUGCGAGUUAUAAGGACUCAGCAUCACAUAGAAGCGCUUGUUGAGCACCGAAAUGGCCAGGUUGUGGUUUCAGCAUCCACUCGUGAAUGGGCCAUUAAGAAGCACCUCUAUAGCACCAGAAAUGUGGUGGCUUGUGAGAGUGUAGGACGAGUGCUGGCAGAGCGAUGCUUGGAAGCAGGAAUCAACUUCAUGGUUUACCACCCUACUCCUUGGGAGGCAGCCUCAGACUCGAUAAAACGGCUACAACAAGCUAUGACAGAAGGUGGUGUGGUGCUGCGGGAGCCUCGGAGAAUCUAUGAAUGAAUCGGAAGCGUUGUCGGGGAUUUGUGAAUGUAAAAGCUGUCAGCUGCUCAUCUCAGGAGAGCGCGUCUGGAGGAAGCGCUGGCUGGACAGUCCCUGCGGGCGUCUCCCCUCGGGAUUUCUCAGUAGUUAAGGUCACCUUCUCCCCUUGUGCGUGUUGGUUUGUUUUCCACCAAGGCUUAAAUUCUUCCCCUCUCUGAGACGUGAGAGAAGUAUCUGAGAAAAGCUGUUGCUAAUUAACUUUUGAAAGACAUGUUGUUUAUAAGUCAAAGAAUAAAGGUCUAUUAUGAACUA